AUGGCUCGACUCGGGGUAGCAAAGGUUAAGACGGGCUGUGUAACCUGCAAAAUCCGAAGAGUCAAAUGUGAUGAAGCACGCCCGGCAUGCAACAGGUGCGUCAGCACGGGCCGGAGAUGCGAUGGCUACGUGACACCGCCAACGGGGACAUAUUCAUGGGCUCAGCUGCUCCGCAUCCAUCCGCCUCCGACCCAGGCCGCAUCGGACGCAGAACUCCGGGCCUUGAGUUUCUUCCGCAAAGUCGUCGCCCCCGUCUUGUCCGGGCCCUUGGAUAGUUACUUCUGGACUCAUCUUGUCUCUCAGGUCUCUCACCAGGAGCUUGCUGCGAAACAUGCCGCAUUGGCCAUCAGUUCGCUGUACGAGAAGUUCAAGGAGGAUCCCCUAGACCGGCAUUCGGAGAAGAAUUCCUUUGCGGUUGCGCAUUACAACGAGGCGAUCAAACACCUGCGAACAACAAACAACCAGGAGACGGUCCUAUUUGUGUGCAUUCUCUUCGUGUGUAUCGAUAUGCUUCGUGGCGAAUGCAAGGGUGCCAUCGAUCAUUGCAGGCAUGGCAUCAACAUCCUUAAUGGUUCCAGGUCUACAUCGCGAUUCGUUCGAGAGCACCUCACGCCGGCCUUCUGUCGCCUUGGAGUGUUCCCUUUCUUCUUCGGUGCCCGACCGGAAACGUUCCCGGCCAUACCAGAGUCGUAUCCAGUUCCAGCACCCCCCUUCUACAACUUAAAGCAGGUUCAAGCAGCGCUGGAUCCGUUACUCGUGCGCGCGAUUCGCUUUGUACGGGCCGCUGACGAAUAUCGCCUUGGUGAUGAGACGCAUCCCAAGCCGGAUAUGUUAACAAUGCAGGAAAGAGAUGAGAUGGACGAGUUGCUAGAUGACUGGGCUGCGGCAUUCCAAGCGUACAUGGUGCAAAAGUCCCCGAAUAAUUGCCAGCGCGCCGCCAUGCGAGAAGAGCUCGUUGAACGCCUACUUGAGAUGAAGUGGCACGUAGGCAAGAUUUGGCUCAGCACGUGUUUUUCUCGCGGCGAAUUGGUAUACGAUCUACAUCUGGACAAGUUCCAACGGAUCAUCGAGCUUGGUCGUGAAGUCGAAACUAUCUUCCGAGAAAUGUGGCAGAGGAUCGGACGGGCCAAGUUCACCUUUGAGAUGGGUUUCAGCCCACUGCUAGGAUUCGUCUUUAUCAAGUGCCGGUCCUUGUCACUGCGAAUCGCCGCCUUGAGUCUCAUGAAGACGAUUGCGCACGAGAGGGAGAACCUCUGGGACUUCAACACUGUUCUGGCGUUCGGACGCAAGAUUGUCGAGUUUGAGCACGAGCUGGACCUCGGACACGAUGAGCAUAUUACCAAUGUCGUCGAUGACGGGACGUUACCACCGGAAGGACGGCGAAUUAAAGAUUCGGCUAUGCAAGAUGAGGUACGCUUCGUCCACGAGAAGAAUGGCGGUAUCGCCAUGUGGAAGAAGGUCGCUCUCUUGAUGAGGGAUCACGGAGGGCCUAUCACUGUCCAGGAGGAGUGGUUUCGAGUACAAUUGAAGCGCAAGCCAUGA